AUGACUAGUACUAGUCUCUUGUUUGAUAUUAAUGAAUUAAAUGCUGAACAACAAAUAAAAUUUCAUACCGCUUACAACGAAUUAAAACCAACUCAUACAUCCUAUCUUCAAUAUAAACUUAAUUUACCACGAAAGAUCAAGUUGGAUAGUGAAGAAGAAGAAAAUGAAUGGUGUUAUGAAUUAUACAGAUACUUGCGUGCUAGAAAAUGGAAUGUUAAAUAUACUAUUAAAUCCGUUUCGGAAAUGAUACAAUGGAGAAUAGAUAAUAAUGUUGAUUCAAUUCUAGAACAUCAAUCCAUAAUACAUCGAGUGGAUCUCAUUCGAAGAAUUAUUCCAAAUGCUCAUCAUGGUUAUACGAAAACUCAUCAACCAUUAUAUAUUGAAAAAACGGGUCAAAUGCAUGUGAAUCAGGUCCUGAAUGAAUAUACAACAGAGGAAUUGAUGCAAUGUCAUAUAUAUUGGCUUGAAUUUAAUUGUGAACGAGCUCGAGAACGUAGUCGACAAUUGGGUAAACAUGUAGAAACUUUUGCUAUGAUUCAUGAUUUAAAGGGAAUGAAAAUGAAGACAAGAAAAUUAAUUCCCUUUUUUAAACAAUGUCUCUAUAUCGAUGACAACUAUUAUGCUGAACGUUUAGGACAUUUAUUUAUUAUAAAUCCACCAAAAAUUUUUCCUGCCCUUUGGAAUUUACUAAAACAUGUCAUUGAUCCAGUUACGAAAUCAAAAAUUAUUGUCAUUAAAAAAGGAUCUGAUACGUCACCAAUGUUAUUACAAUAUAUUAAUUCUGAUCAACUACCACGUGAAUAUGGUGGAAAUUGUCAAUCAUGUCCAACGUCUCCAGAUUGUAUUCCUAUUUAUGAUCAGAAACAAGAUAGUGAUGAUGAUAAUGAUGAUGAUGAGUGA